AUGGCAAUUAAUAGAAUUAAUCUCGCUGGAGGCACUUCACAAUCGUUUUGGAAGUCUCCAAAAUGGAGAUUCACGGACAUAGUGGUGCUAGUGAUUGUUGCAAUUAUUAGUUACCCAAUAUACUACCAGAAACCUUUUGAAAGACAGUUCUACAUCAACGACCUUACUAUUUCUCAUCCAUAUGCUGAAACGCAAAGGGUGGGCAACAAGAUGCUAUUCGUCUACAGUUUAAUCGUCCCUUUGGUUGUAAUUUUGGUUGUUGUUGCACUUCUAGCCGAUCCCAAACAUAGGUGGUAUCUGCUUUAUAUUUCUGUGCUGGGAUUGCUUUUAUCCGUAUCCCUCAAUAAUCUGUUUACAGACUUCAUUAAGAAUUGGAUUGGUAGGCUAAGGCCAGAUUUUCUGGCACGUUGUCAACCAAAGAAAGGCUUACCACUAGAUACUUUGCUGAACGCAUCAGAGGUUUGCACUACACAUCACAAAGAAAGACUUAUGGAUGGAUUCAGAACAACACCUUCCGGUCACUCCAGUGAGAGUUUUGCUGGGUUGGGUUACCUUUACUUGUGGCUGUGUGGACAAUUACUAACAGAGUCUCCUCAAUCAGGAAUCUGGAGAAAAGUUGUUGCGUUGCACCCUUUACUUGGUGCUUUGGUCAUUGCCUUAUCGAGAACUCAAGACUACAGACAUCAUUUUAUCGAUGUGAUCUUGGGAUCUGCUCUGGGUUACACCGUAGCCAGUUUCACCUACAAAAGAUUCUUCCCACCUAUCAAAAGUGAGCUACCCUUCAAACCUCUGUUUGACGAUUCAGACGUCUCUCUGGAAGGUUACAGACUGCCAGUAGAGGGUGCCGAAAUCGAUGUCUUAGCUGCCUAA